AUGAAAAAUAUAACAAUAUUGCUUACGUUGUUUGAAUUUGGAAAAUUUUUAAACGGUUCAGAAAUAAUUAAUCAAGCAGCUAUUAUCGCAAAUCAAGUAUACACAUAUAAUCGCUUGACGUCCGUUGUUUGGUGGCAUAGUGACCAAAAUAACGUAACACAUUUUCUGAAAAAAUUUAAAGGUACAGUAGUUACAGUUAACAUUAUUGACUAUGACCAAUUUAAGGACAUACAUUUUCAUAAAACUGUAUUAUAUCAUCAAACUGUUUUCUUUGCCCACGCUCCAGAUGAGUUUGAAUAUUUUCUCGAAAUGAUAAACCAAGCUACUAUUGUUCCAAUACGUGUGAUUAUGAUUUUGACAAAUAAAAAAACUGAAUCAGUCGAUACAUUCACUAAAAUAGCCUGGAAAAACGAUGUCGGUGAUAUUAUUAUAUUAAGAAUCGAUACAAAAGGUAAAAUCAGAUAUUCAACAUAUAAACCCUAUGGAAACGGAGCUUGUGCUAAUUAUACAGCACUUGAUUUGAAUAUUAACACGAAAUUGAACAAGUCAUUCUUUAUAAGGAAAUACAAUAACUUUCAUAAUUGUCCUAUUCGAGUAACGGCUCUUCAUUUCAUACCUUACGUUGAAUUGACAAAACAAAAUCAUACUAUUACUGAAGUUGGUGGUGUUGACGGCAUUCUACUGAAGUUACUACUGGAAAGACUGAAUUCUUCGUUAGAUAUAAAUUUAUACAAAAAUCGUAGUUCAGGCUCUAAUACAAACACAGCUGAUUUUUUGGACGACUUAGUAAACAACGUUGCAGAUAUAAUAAUACCUGGCCUGAUCUGGACUACAAAAAGAUAUUCUGUUGUACAAGUAUCCUAUGUAUAUAAUAGCAUAAAUGUAGUUUGGUGUUUGCCCAAUCGUCGCGAAAUACUCGAGUGGGCUAAAAUUCUUCUGCCCUUUAUCAACGUGUCAACGCUACUUAUUAUAGCGGGAUUUUUCGUUAUGUUUCUCUUAAUGAAGCUCGUUAAUAAAAUUGCAAAUAGUUCAGAUUCUGACAUAAUUUUUAAAAUGCUGGGAUUAUUUCUCGGUCAAAAUAUAAAUUACUGUUCACGUUACUGGCUAAAAAACAGCUUGUAUAAUUUUUGGAUUUGGUUCUGUAUAAUUGUUCGUAUAUCAUAUCAAGGGAAUCUUAUCGAAGGUUUACAAAAAACUAUCUUAGAACCGAAAAUAUCUACAUUGGACCAAGCGAUGCGAGUUGUAGAUGGAGUUGGUGGUUCGGGAGCAUUUCUAGAAUAUUAUCGCAAUACGUCAAUUGAAAAUAAAUUUAUAAAGUUGAAACUGACGAAUGUUUCAAGUUACAUCAAAGAUAUUGGAGCCGGUAAAAGAUUUUUGCUUGUGGCUGAUUUGUUGCAGUUAAAAUUUUACAACCAAGCUAUACAAAUUCUAGAUGAACGUGUAACGGCCAUGCCAAUAAGUCUUAGUAUGCGGCCUCGUUGGCCGGCUUCUUCUGAAGUUUCUCUUGUUAUUAGACAAAUAGUAGAAUCAGGGCUCUACGCGAAAAUGAAGAACGAUAUAAUCCUGAAAUCAUUAUUACGGUAUGAUAAAUUAAACAAAAUAGAUGACUCUUUAAAACCAAUGGGAAUGGAGAUAUUAAAAUCCUGUUUCUAUGGACUUAUUUGCAUGUACAUAAUAAGUUCAAUCGUGUUUGUUAUAGAAAUAUUAUGGAGUAAGUAUAAAAUA